UGAAAUAGAUGUCUUUCUUAAGGGGGUUGAUAGAAAAAGUCCUCAAAUGAGAAAUUUCAAGACUAGAUUUUGGAUUGAGAAAUGGUUAGGAAGAAGAAGACAGCAACUUAGGAUGGCCUCCUCUAAGGGUUAGGGGUAAUGGAAAAAGUUAGGUACAGCUAAGGGCUGGGUUAGGGUUAGGGUGAAAGCACAGAUUUGCUGACGUUUUCUGUCAUAUCCUUUCUAAAGUUCUAUUAUAUCUAAAGCUUAAAUAUCAUUAUGUCACUGUUUCUAAGUGCCCACUAAAGUAUAUUUAUAGCUGAACCUUUUUCAGAGUCGAUUGAUUGAAAAAAUUAUAGACAUACAACUUUGUCAAGCACUCAACUGCCUUUAUAGCCACCCCCGUCCCAAUACAAAUCCCUGACAAAGUGUGUACUUUGUACUAAUUUCGGGUUUGUUACAAAAAUAUUUGUCUUUUGAAAUCAUUUACCAAUUUAGCACAGCACUAAAACAAAUAGAACCUUUCAAGUUCAUCCACAAAUAUGCCUAAUAAUUGUAAUUUUGUUAGAAAUUAAUCAAGGAUUCAAGAAAGUAUUCUGCCAGCUUUUCCUAUCUAUAAUUUCAAAGAAACACUACAUUAUUCAUGGCUGAUAAAAUAUUAAUGAAGUAAUAUUCAAAUUCAUCCCAAUAUUUGAAAAUAUCACUUUGAACUGUUUUGUAAUAAUGGAGUGAUCAUCUGAUUCAUUAGGAUUAAAGUGCUGUCUUGUUCUAUUAACAAGUCUACAACAGCUAUCAAUACAUGCAAAAUUUUAGUAUUGGGAGUAAAUGGCCUUCGAAGAAAACAACCUGGGAGAAAAUGGCCCACUUAUUUUUGGCAAAGUGCCAUUCAUUGGCAUACAAUAUCCAACUGAAAUGCACAGUUAUCUUAGAUUCAGUGCAAUUGCAAAUUGAAUUAGCAAACUAUGUACAUAUGAAGGAAAAUAGAAUUCAAUCUAGGUUUUCAGGUUAUGAAAACCUGCUAUGAAAAGUAUUUAAUUAAUCACUAUACCUGCAGUUACUUGAACAGGUUACCCUCUUAUUAGGGUAGGACAUUGUGGUAAAAACUAGUGAUUAAGAGACUAAGGUAGUCAACUGCCAGCUGCACUGACCACCAUUAAUAUCAAACCGCAAUAGAUUGUGAACUGCUUCGCCGAUUUAGCUGCAAAUUUUAAACUUUGGCUCAAUUCAUCAAGAUCUCACUUUCUACAAAAUAUAGAAUUUUAGAUGUUUUUAGUGUUCAACUAACUUAUUACUGACCAUUAUAAGACAAGCAAGGUUACUCACAAAAUAAAAUUAUUAAUAAUUCUUGAUGACAACAAUUAAAGAACAGAAAUAUAUUUAACGUUCUUAAAUCUACCAUUCAAAUAAUUUAUAGGCCUAUACAGAAUAUGUUAACCUCAUUAAAUAUGAAAUAAGUUUCCAACUAUUUAAGAACUGUUCUUUUUGAUUAGUCAGAUAAACUUGAGUUGGUUCAGAAAUCAAAAUGUUUUCAUUCUUUGCUGCUGUACUCUUAUUGUUGGCUGCUGCUACACCUUUAACAUUUCAACAGCAUUUUUCUGAUGAAUGCAAUGUUGAAAUUAAUAUGAGGGUGAAAAUUGAACCACAAGAUAUAACUCAAACUGAAUGUAUAUCGAAUAAGAAAAAGAGUCUCAAUUGCUUCAGUGAAUCAUAUGGAUGUUAUUUGCCAAAAUACGCUAUCCCAGGUUUUACAUAUAAAGAAGGAGUUUUUCCCAAUUAUCCAAUGCAUAACAUUUAUGAUCCCAAAGCAAAACAUCCUAAGAUAUGUGCUAAAUAUUGCUUUGAACAUGAUGAUUGUCAAGGUUUUUCAAUAUCAAGUACCCCAAAAGGUUCUAGAUAUUGUUUUUUAAAGAAAAAAGGUUUUGCUGAAGGUAAAUAUCUUAAUGGUCUUGUGUUAAAAUCCUUUGAUGGAUACGCUUAUAAAACAUCAUUGUGUGACAGGGGUAUCUGUUCUAUAAACAUUGGAAGAACACUGUACUUUGCUACUGAGGGUUGUAGUUAAGUACUGGUCCAAAUAGAACCAAAUUAGGAGUAAGCCACUUAGAAGAGAGAUGUAGAAUUGAGGGAGCAUCAAUAUAGAACCAAAAUGUAAGAAUAAUAUAACUGUAUUCUAAUGAUGUAAACAACAACAACUUUGUGUAGGUAAACCCUCAAGGGUCAAUUGUUACAUCAUAUUCAUGUAAAUAAACACUUGUUGUUGUCAACAUGUUUGGUUAUGUAACAUCUUAUCCUUUGCCUAUAAAAGGGGUUGAUUCUGACAGUUCAGUACCAUCUACCUUAGAAGCAACAUCUACUUCAACACUUUUACUAUAUAGUAAGUAGUAUUUAUAAAAUAUCUAUAAACUAUAGUUCAUAAGUGUACAAACACUACAUAGCUUUACAAAAAUUAAUGGAAAGAAUUAAUGACAACAUUUCAGAAUCAAACCAAGCAAGUGUGCUUUUAAUCAGUACAAUUUCUUAGUCAUAAGAUUACACAAAAUGGUAUUGAAACUCAUCCAGAAAAGAUUCAGAAAAUAAAAGAUACUGAAUUUCCUAUGUUUACAAAUACUUUAUUAAGUUUUGUUGCAUUUUGUGGUUAUUACAGAAGAUUUGUCAAGGACUUUGCAAAAAUUACAAAAUCCCUGAGAGAAUUAUUAAAAUUACACCAAAAAACUGAAAAAUUGAAAUGGACUAAAGAAGCAGAGGAGGCUUAUCAGAUACUAAAGAAAUCAAUGACAGAGCCACCCAUACUUCAAAAACCUGGCUUUACAAAACCAUUUUAUUUAACAACAGAUGCUUCCAAUAAUGAAUUAUUCCAAAAAUUCUCACAAAUAAAGAAAAAACUUAUACAAAUUACUAAAAAUUUUUGCUAAUAAUGUUCACAAAAUAUUUUCAUUUUCUUAAAUUUUUUUCAAUAUUAUGUCAAUUUAACUAUUUUCUAUAUAACUCUAGACAAAAAAUACUAAUUCGCAGCAAACAAAAAAAUUUUAACUGUGAAUUAAAAG